AUGGCUGAGGUGGGGGGCGUCUUCUCUUCCUUGGACUGGGAUCUGCACGGCUUCUCCUCGUCUCUGGGGAACGUGCCUUUAGCUGACUCCCCAGGUUUCCUGAACGAGCGCCUGGGCCAGAUCGAAGGGAAGCUGCAGCGCGGCUCGCCCACCGACUUCGCCCACUUGAAGGGGAUCCUGCGACGCCGCCAGCUCUACUGCCGCACCGGCUUCCACCUGGAGAUCUUCCCCAACGGCACGGUGCACGGCACCCGCCACGACCACAGCCGCUUCGGAAUUCUGGAGUUUAUCAGCCUGGCUGUGGGGCUGAUCAGCAUCCGGGGAGUGGACUCUGGCCUGUAUUUAGGAAUGAACGAGCGAGGAGAACUCUAUGGGUCGAAGAAACUCACACGUGAAUGUGUUUUCCGGGAACAGUUUGAAGAAAACUGGUACAACACCUAUGCCUCCACCUUGUACAAACACUCGGACUCGGAGAGACAGUAUUAUGUGGCCCUGAAUAAAGACGGCUCACCCCGGGAGGGAUACAGGACUAAACGACACCAGAAAUUCACUCACUUUUUACCCAGGCCAGUAGAUCCUUCUAAGUUGCCCUCCAUGUCCAGAGACCUUUUCCGCUAUAGGUAA